AAAAAGUUUCGAAUAGAGUAGGCUACGACAGGUUCAACAGGUCACAAGAACCAAAACCUAAACCCCAACUUACACAAACUAAAAACAUCCGAAAGAUUUAGCCCAAACAACGAAAAGCUGAAAGAACUUCUAGCCGCUGCCAGCUACCGCUACUGCCGUCGUCAUCACCAACCUCCUUUCUUCUCAUCGCAGUUUCCCUCAGCCGCCGCCGGCCUUUUUUCCAUCAUCGUUUCCUCCUCUUUUUAUUCCCAACAUUACUUUCUUUUCAAAUCAGCUGCGUCAAAAGUAAAAAGGAACAAUGCGGGGAUGGUGGAGACUAGGAAAAUGGACGGUCCUGAUUAUGUUCCUUCACAUCAUAGCCAUUUUAAUCUUUACCAAAGGCUUUCUCUUAACCCGAACUGAACUUCCCCAUUCCAGCAACUGCUCCGAUCUUUCUGAAUCUCCUUGCCUUUCUUCUUCUUCUUGUUGGACCAAGCCUGUCGUUGACCGUCUCAUCAUCAUCGUUCUCGACGCGCUGCGUUUUGAUUUCGUAGCUCCAAGUUCCUUUUUUGAACAAAAACACCCUUGGAUGGACAAAUUGAAAGUGUUACAGAGAGUGGCUUUAGAGAAGCCUUCCUCAGCUAAGAUUUUUAAAGCUGUUGCUGAUCCCCCAACUACCAGUUUGCAACGUUUGAAGGGAUUGACAACAGGGGCACUCCCUACUUUUAUUGAUGUUGGGAAUAGCUUUGGUGCUCCUGCAAUUGUUGAAGAUAAUUUCAUUAAUCAGUUGAUUCAAAAUGGGAAGAGAGUAGUAAUGAUGGGAGACGACACAUGGACACAAUUGUUUCCAAAUCAUUUUAACAAAUCUUAUCCUUACCCUUCUUUUAAUGUUAAAGAUCUUGAUACGGUAGAUAAUGGAUGCAUUGAGCACCUUCUUCCGUCACUGGAUGAACAAGACUGGGAUGUCCUUAUUGCGCAUUUUCUUGGUGUGGAUCAUGCAGGGCACAUCUAUGGUGUUGAUUCCACUCCAAUGAUUGAAAAGUUGGAGCAGUACAAUGCAAUUUUAGAGAAAGUAAUUGAAGUACUCCAAAAGCAGUCUGGACCUGGCAAGUUACAUGAGAAUACUUUACUUCUUGUAAUGGGUGACCAUGGGCAAACCUUAAAUGGGGAUCAUGGAGGAGGAAGUGCUGAGGAGGUUGAAACAUCAAUAUUUGCUAUGAGUUUUAAAGAUUUGCCUUCUGUGCCAUCUGAAUUUGAUUCUUCAUCUUGUAAGUUGCAGGCUAACAAUAAUAUAUGCAUCAGCUCCAUUCAACAGCUGGAUUUUGCAGUAACAGUGUCGUCACUGCUUGGUGUCCCCUUUCCUUUUGGAAGCAUUGGACGUGUUAAUCCUGAGUUAUAUGCUCUAGCUGUGGGUACAUGGAACUUGGAGGACAAUGAAAUGGGUAAGGCUCAGGAUCAAAUAAAGUUGGAAGAAUGGAUGCAAAAUUAUGUUAAUGUCCUCUGCAUCAAUUCAUGGCAGGUGAAAAGAUAUAUUGAUGUCUAUUCGGCUUUAUCAGUUAUUGGAUUUUCCUCUGAAGACAUAUUCCACAUAUCAGAUUUAUAUGCCAAAGCAGAGGAGAAUUGGUUAUAUACUAAGAAUUUAUUGUUGUACAAAAAUGAAAGUUACAAUGCAUCAUUGCCAGAUCUUAAAAGGCAAAUAGUUGCCUAUUUUAAUUUUCUUUCUUAUGUUGCUGAGCUAGCUCGCUCAAAGUGGACUGAGUUUAAUUUAAAGAUGAUGGGCACUGGUAUUGGGAUUAUGUUAUUAUCAUUAUAUAUUCAUUUCCUUGCCAUUAAGAAGGUGAAUAAGUCAUAUGGUGUCUCUCUUCUUUCAUCCAAAGGUUCUGGAAUUUCCUUUGGGUUAAUGUUUGCUUCCUUUAUAGUGGUGAUACGUGCAUGCAGCCUACUUUCAAAUAGUUUCAUUUUGGGAGAGGGGAAAGUUGCAAAUUUCCUUUUGGCCACAACUGGCAUCAUAACAUUACGUUAUUCUUUCAUAAAGAAGGAGAUGCUACUUGAAGCAACUAUUUUUCUUCUUUCCACAUUCAUUCUUAGGAUUGCCAUUGAAGCUGGGCUGUCUAAGCAAGCUGCCACUUCUCAGUUCCUGAAUGUAUCCUCUGCAUGGAUGCUUGGGAUUUCUAUAAGCCAACCGGUGUGGACAUAUAUGGCUGAAACUGUUCCAAUUCUUGCAUUAAUAAUAUUAGGAUACUUUCUUUACAAGGCCAUUUCUAGCUGCUGUUGUUGGGGAAUUCCGGAGUAUGUUAUCAUGGGAACAAUUUUAUGCUAUUUGCUCAUAGCAUUGCAUUGGGCCACUGAAAGCAACGUACUGGAUCUGGCCCUUCUGCUUAAAGGAAUUGAAAAAAAUUACAUCCCUCGGACAAUUUAUGCUAUUGGACUUAUUCAGCUGUCAUUGUUGGCAUUUGUUCUGCUCUUCAGCAAUAAGGAAACGUCGAACUACAAGGGAAGCUUGUUUGUUAAAAUGAUACCUAUUUUAUCUGCAUGCAGUUCAACCGUUAUUAUUCUCCUGGGAAAACAAGGUCCCUUGGUUGCAUUAGGAUCCAUAGUAGCAGGUUAUUGCAUAAUGAGGCUUGAAGGAAUAGAGCAGCAUACUGUUGAUGGAGCUCCAGGAAUUUCAAUUUUGGAUCCUCUACCUAUUGUGCAGUGGAAUCUGUUAGCUGUGUGUCUGUUUUUUGCAACUGGUCACUGGUGUGCUUUUGAUGGCCUGCGAUAUGGUGCUGCAUUUAUUGGGUUUGAUGAGUUCAUUCUUGUACGACAAGCUAUCCUUCUUGCAAUUGAUACAUUUGGAUUUUCUCAUAUCCUUUCUGUAUUUGGGCUGCCACUUUUUGUUGCAUGCCCAUCUCUGUUCAAUCAGACCGGCCGCAGUCGAAGUGUCUCUUCUAUGAAGUUAUUUCGGAUACUUAUGAUGUACGGACUCAUUACGGCUACUACAGCCACUGCCACUAUACUUUGCGUCGCCGUCCAAAGGCGGCAUCUAAUGGUGUGGGGAUUAUUUGCUCCCAAGUUUGUUUUUGAUGUGGUGGGGCUUAUUCUUACUGAUGUCCUCAUUUUUUGGGCAUUCAUUUACUAUUUUUAGUGCCGAGGAUCGUAUUGGUACGCAAGGUUCAGAAACGAAGUGCAGCAUUUUGACGCAUCCCUUCUGUACUAUUCAGUUUCUUAUAAACUUUUUUCAAUUUUUUUUUUUUUUUAUACAAAGAGAUCGUAGUUUGAUGAUGGUAGUACUGAAAUUUAAAUUUUAGACUUUGAGGUCACAUCUUUCAACUUCUGAUCAACAAUCAAUCAAUCUAGCAAACUUAUCAAAGCAUACUACCCAAUUUUUCAUUAUAUCUUCUCCACACAGGAUGACUCAAAAUGACAUAAAUCAUUGACAAAACAUAGGGCAUUCCAGUUUCCCUUGUGGAAGCUUCCAAGCUUCUAGAAGCUCCAAUAAGGAAGGAGAAGUUCGGACAUAGAGAUGAAGCAAAUUCAACUACGUCAUCAGUUUUGAGCAACUUGACAAGCUCUUUGGUAGCAUCUGAAAACAAUUUGAUUUCAAUAGAAUUAAUCUUAAUGCAAUAAUUAUUUCAGUUUUAGUUUCACGGGACGAUUUGAAAACAGUUUUAGAAACUCUUCCUUCCCCUCGAACUCAGUUCGAGUAUCAUUAUCACCUUCGAUUACUGCAACUAAAUAAUACCAAAAUAAAUAAAUAAUGAAAAUUAUUCAAUCCAAAUUUCAUUAUUAGGGUUUAAAGGGUUUGAUGUGUAACAUCCUAUGGAGCUAAGGAAGAAUGCUCGUAGG